AUGAUCUGUAACGGCUUCAGACGUGCCUAUUGCUCACUGACCGCGAUGGAAUUUACAGUGGAAAGGGUGACGAAGGGUGACAACGUCUACGCCUUAUUCCGCAUGAACCAUCCGGGCACACGGAAUGCGAUCAGCAAGAAUCUGGUGAAACAAAUGGCCGAUGCGAUCGAAGUGGUGAAGUCUGACGAUAGACUACGAGCCGUCAUCCUGAAGAGCGAUGUACCGAACAUAUUCUGUGCCGGUGCUAACCUGAAGGAACGCGCCGAAAUGACCGAACCGGAAGUGCUCAGGUUCGUCAACAGAACACGAAGAUUGUUAACAGACCUGGAAAGUCUGCCACUGCCGGUAAUAGCUGCCAUGGACGGUGCAGCUCUUGGGGGCGGUCUGGAAUUUGCCUUAGCUUGUGACAUUCGCACUGCGUCAAAGGACGCCCAGAUGGGUUUGAUCGAGACCAGAGUCGCUGUGUUACCUGCACUGGGAGGCACUCAGCGCCUACCUCGACUAGUCGGUCGGGCGAUGGCCAAAGAACUCAUAUUCACCGCUCGGGUGAUCGACGGUGUCGAGGCUUAUCGCAUUGGGUUGGUGAACCAUGUCGUCGAGCAGAACGAGACAGGUGAUGAAAUACUGCCUCAGGCACCAAAGUCUGUGAAGUUUGCGAAACUGGCGCUUCUGAAGGGCGUUGACGUCGAUCUGGACACAGGCUUAGCAAUGGAAGAACACUGCUAUGCUCAGAUCAUUCCACUCAAGGAUAGACUCGAAGGUCUUCAGGCUUUUAAGGAAAAGCGACGUCCUCAUUACAAAGGAGAAUAG